AUGCUAGAUUUUCUUACAUUUAUUGUAAUAUAUGGCAGAAGGGUAUGUAUUUGGUUUGCGUAUUCAACCUGUGCAUGACAGCAUGUGUUGCUUUGGGUGGAAUUUCAAUGCUUUAUUUGGUAAACGACAUGGGAUGUUCUCGGGUUGGAUUCUGUGUCACAUUCUGAGUUCUAAAUCUGAUAGUCUUUCAGUUCCACUUGUGGUUAGAGACAAACGUGUUGGUAUUUGAUACUGAUGCUCGCUUGUACACCCCAAAAAUUGAUGCUUUUUUGUUGGUUAAUUCAACUAAGAUCGAGAUAUGUUGUUUUGCUAUUGCAGGUGUUCUAACUUCAAAGUGAGGAAGGAACAUUUCUGUAAAGGAAUGAGGAUUGUGGGUUUCGGGUUCUGAAACUUUGUGGGCCAGAAAAAGGUCUUGGUAGUUUUUGACCCUUUGGAAAGACAAAACAAGGAACUGAGAAGGCAAAUAUAUAGAAUAAGAAGGAUAAACAAAUAAGGCAAGGGCGGUGGUGUCAGUUUUAAGCAAGUUGGGGAAUUUUUUUUUUCUUCUGGCUUUGAGAAUUAUAUAUGUUUGAGAUGGUCAGUUGGUAAUGGCUUAUGUCUCCUGAGCUGGCCCUGUUUCUCCGGGGUCCUUGGGUUGUGUAGCCAUUUCAGGAAGCAACCCCUCCUUUUGGUCUCUUUUCAUUCAAGUGAACAAUUUGUUAAAAAUCACUUAAUCCCAUUUACUCUUAGUUUCUUUAGCCUUGGUUAGUGGGAAAGAUUCGGUCAUACUAAGAAGAACACCAAAGUUUCCUAAGAUCUAUUCUUUUUUACCUUGAACAUCCAAGACAUUCAGCUGUUUAAUCACCACUUUUGGGAGUUUCCUUAUAUUUUCUGGGGAACUUUGAUAUCGAAUUGGCGGUGAAGACAUUUGCAGGCUUAGUAGAAAUCAAGAAGAAGGAAAACAUAGCAGCAGAUCUCUUGCCAAAAAUGAAGUUCAUGAAGCUUGGAUCCAAACCUGAUUUCUUCCAGACUGAUGGAGACAAUAUAAGGUACGUCGCAACUGAGUUGGCAACUGACAUAGUUGUUAACGUCGGAGAUGUGAAAUUUUAUUUGCACAAGUUUCCGCUUUUGUCCAAGAGUGCACGCCUGCAGAAACUGGUCGCAACCACAAAUGAAAGCAGUGAUGAGAUCCACAUCCAUGAUAUUCCUGGUGGACCUGCUGCUUUUGAAAUAUGUGCCAAGUUCUGUUACGGCAUGAUGGUCACUCUCAAUGCAUACAAUGUGGUUGCAACUCGAUGUGCAGCAGAGUACCUGGAGAUGUAUGAAACUGUUGAGAAAGGAAACCUUGUCUACAAGGUUGAAGUCUUCCUAAACUCUAGCAUCUUCCGCAGCUGGAAAGACUCAAUUAUUGUUCUUCAGACUACCAGGUCUCUUCUUCCAUGGUCCGAGGAAGUUAAGGUGGUGAGCCACUGCCUUGAUUCCAUAGCUUCCAAGGCUUCCAUUGAUACCUCCAAGGUGGAAUGGUCAUAUACAUAUAACCUAAAAAAGCUACCAUCCAGUAAUGGGAAUGAACACUGGAAUGGUGUGGGAAAACAACAGGUAGUUCCCAAAGACUGGUGGGUAGAAGACCUCUGUGGGCUUCAACUUGAUUUAUACAAGCGGGUGAUAAAUAUAAUUAAGACCAAAGGAAAACUCUCUGGUGAUGUAAUAGGGGAAGCCUUAAAGGCAUAUUCUACCAGAAGGUUAUCGGGUUUUAGCAAGGGUAUGAUUCAGGGUGGUGAUGUCAUAAAGAAUAGAUCAUUGGUGGAGACUGUAAUCCACUUACUUCCUGCAGGCAGCGUCCCUUGCAGUUUCUUACUUAAGUUGUUAAAAGCAGCAAUAUUGUUAGAAUGUGGAGAAAUGGAAAAAAGUGAAUUGAUUAGCAAAAUUGGUCAGCAGCUUGAUGAGGCUACAGUUUCUGAUCUUUUAAUUCAAGCCCCAACUGAGGAAGCACUGAUGUAUGAAGUUGAUAUAGUGCAAAACCUAAUUGAGGAGUUUGUGACACUUGAUCGAAGAGCUCAGACUGAUCCUUCAAUGGAAGCUGAAUUCCAGGAGAUUAGGAGCCCCAGGUUCCUAUCAGAUACUUCCAAGGUGAAGGUGGCAAAACUGGUUGAUGGCUACCUUACUGAAGUUUCACGUGAUCCCAACUUACCUGCAUCAAAGUUUGUCAGGCUUGCUGAAAUGGUAUCAAACUUCUCAAGACCAACCCAUGAUGGACUUUAUCGUGCCAUUGACAUGUAUCUAAAGGAACACCCAGGGAUCAGCAAGAGUGAGAGGAAGAGAAUAUGCAAAUUAAUGGAUUGCAGGAAGUUGUCAACAGAUGCCUGCAUGCAUGCUGUACAAAAUGAGCGGCUGCCCUUAAGAGUCGUUGUGCAGGUCCUUUUCUUUGAACAGAUUAGGGCUUCAGCAUCCGGUGGCAACAGCACACCUGAUCUACAAGGGUCCAUCAGGGCCUUGCUCCCUGGUGGGUCUCAUGGGAGCUCAAGGUCCACUACAACCAACACAGAAGAGGACUGGGAUGCUGUGCCAACAGCAGAGGAAAUCAAAGCUUUAAAAGGGGAGCUUGCUACUCUAAGGUUAGGUGAUGCGAAUCGGGGAGUAGGCAAUGAUAGAAACACGAAUCACGGUGCUACAAAUAAUUCUGAAAAAGUUGCUGCGAGUAAAAUGAAAGGUUUGCUCAUGUCAAAAAAGAUAUUUUCUAAGCUCUGGUCAAGCAAAGAAAGAAAUGGUGAAAUUAGCAGUUCUAACACAUCGGAGAGCCCUGGUUCUACUUCUACCAAUGCAGAAGAAACAAAAUCCACCCGGUUGAGGAGUAGGAGGCAUUCAGUAUCUUAGUUCCAGGCAUGUUCAGUAGAUCAAAUGUAUACAUUCUUGACCUGUAACUCCAUCUCGCGUAUUCGACAUCAGGAGUUAGAAUCAACUGACAUGUUUUUAGCUGAUUUUCCACCGGGAUUUUGAGCAAAAGAGGUCAUAUUGUUAGAGUAACAAAAGAGCCCAGAAAUUUCAUUUCUUAUAUGAAGUGUUCAUUAUCUAAUUGUUGUUCCCAGAUUAUCUGUUGGUUUUCAGUUCUAAACUUCUAAUGUGGGCUCAGACACUGACACAGUUUUGAUGUACUAUGAUCUAAAUAAACUUCUUCUUAUAGUUGCACAUC